AUGGAGGUUGUUGAUACAGUGGCCAAUUUCUUUUGGGAAGAUAGGGAUAGAAAGGUUAGUAUCCGAGAAGGGGAUAACAAGAGCACGUCUACGAAGUAUAACAACAGGGAGGGUAGUAAGAGCUCGUUUACGUUAGCUAUGGAUUCACUUUGGGGUCUUAAUAGCAAAGAUCGAAUUGCAACAGGUUCCAAGAGUGAGACAAACCAGAAUUCGUCGAGCUCGGGAGUACAGGGGCUGCUAAUUGAUAAGUUGGUUGAAAAGGUUAUUAAUAUGGCUAUUCCCAGCUCGAGCGAUAUUGAAGGAGGGACUAUAGAGACUCGGAUGCAGGCGGGGAAGAGUAGGCCAGGGUUGUCUGUACCUAUCAUGAGUCGAAAUUUCAUUCAAUUGAAUUCACGAUUAAGUUGGCCAUUUCGUUUGGUUAAUGAAUUGAUUAGGAUUGCGAACUGGGAGAGUCCGGCUUAUACUUUAUGUAUUGCCUUUUUAUUCAGUUUUGUGGUGUUGAAGCCCGUACCCAUGUUAUCUAGCGUCCCCGUAUUUUAUAUUUUAUUUGUGGUUAUGGUACCAUUCUACAUGAGUAUUCACACUCCUGAGACGUGGGAAGAGUUAGGUCCUUCUAACCCUAUUCCUGCUCUUGGACCUCCUUUAAAGAAAGCGGAAAUACCAAAGCCGGUUCCAGAGCUUUCCAAGGAAUUCAUUUUGAAUUUGACGGACUUACAAAACCAUAUGGUCUUAUAUGUAUUCCUGUAUGAUUUUUUUGUUGGCAUAUUCUCCAGGUUUGCAUUUUUCACCAAUGAAAGCAUUAGUGCAGCUACUUUUGUAGGUCUGUUUAUACUGGCUGUAUUCAACAUAUUGUUUAUGGGUACGCUUUCGGAAUGGAUUCCAUUCAGGUUCUUAAUACUAGUAUCUGGCUGGUGCAUCAUUACGCUGUCGCAUCCUAGUUUAAGACACCGAUUUCUUGAUUACUUCUAUUCAGAAGAAACACGUUUACGAUUAUUGACGCUAACGGAUCAAUUUGAAAGGAUAGUUGACAAACAUUGGGAUUAUUACGAACCAAACGAAAGAAGACAAGCAGCCAUUUUUGAGGUGCAGAUGUUUAAUGAACGUGCCAAGGCAUGGGAGCUAGCUGGUUACUCCCAGGAUGACUAUACUUUGCUAUCCAAGUUAAGGAUAGCCGAAAUGUCUAUUGAUAGUGCAACAUUAUCUCUAGAUGACGUGAAGGCCCCACAAGACUGGGAAUGGAUCGAAAAAUACGAUUGGGUUCUUGACCUAGCACCAAAGAAAUGGGUGGUCCAAGGGUUCGUACAGUAUGUGGAUAUCGAUCUUGAAACGAAAUGGGUGUAUGAUAUAAAUUUUGAUGGUAGCAGAGGUCAAUAUAGAAGGCGGAGAUGGAUUAGGAUUUGUACAAGAAAGAGACAUACAGAUAAUUCAAAACAGGGAGAUGUGAGUGAUGAAGAAGACGAAGACGGCUUAGAAUUUGUGGAUUUUAAUGGCUACACAGGGGUAUCCCAAAACUCUUUGCAUGGUUCUACAAGGAGUAAUGCGACGAAUGACGCUUCAGAUCUUAUUUUGACUGAGAAACGGAACUUACAAGUCUCUCCUUCCCGCAGCAACGCAUCUCCACUAAAUUCAAUAGGCAUUACUGGUGCACCAAGUUUCAACUCAGCUCAAUCACCGGAAGAAGGCUCUAAAGCAGUAAAGAGUUUAACAGGGUUUUUUAAUAUUCAUAGUUAG